AUGCCGUUGUGCAAAAAAUUUAGAUUUGCCCCUUUGGAUAACGAAGAAGAUGUUGAAAUCAUGUUUAGUGGUGCAUCCUGCACCAAUGCAAAUGCUGUGGCUCCAAGUGCAAGAGAGGGGUCAGCUGGUAAUGGUAAUGGUAAUGGAAAUAGAAAUUGUAAUGAUAAGGAUAAUGGUAGUGAUGAUGUCCAAGAGGUACAUCCAAGUCCUGCUGAAAAACAACCUGCGAAAACAGGUGCUGCUUAUAAAUCUCCAAAGAAGGGGAAGAAAAAUUUUAGAGAUAUGCAGUUCAAGUGUUUUGUGGACUCAUUUGUGGAGAAAGCUAGUUCAAGCUCUGCAACUUCUUCACCCACUGAUCAUGUUAGGCAAGAGAUAGCAGAAAUGUUGCAAUCAGUCAUUGAAGCUAGGGCAUGUGAAGGAAGUGAUUAACAUUUUUAUG